GUGAAAACACGAUCCUUAAGGCAUAAGAAAAGAAAAAGAAGCCAAGAUUCGGCAUCUUAAUUCUCAAAACCUAAAUCCUAAAAAUCCCAUCCCCUUUAAAUUCCCAUCAAAAAGCAAAAAGUAUGCAGAAAAGCAAUUACUUCCCAACAACUGUGCUACCCCAAAUAUUACUGCUCUUAUUGUUCUUGAUCCCAUCGAUGGCGACGGUUGAUUCAUCAUCAUCCGAGGCAAAAGUUCACAUAGUUUACACCGAAAAACCAGAAGGCCAAGAGCCCGAAGACUAUCACAUCAGGACCCUUACCUCUGUUCUUGGCAGUGAGGAAGCUGCAAAGGGUGCUUUGGUGUAUAGCUACAAACAUGCUGCAAGUGGAUUUUCUGCUAAGCUGACUCCUCACCAGGUUUCUGAGCUUUCAAAACAACCGGGUGUUCUUCAGGUUGUACCAAGUCAAACCCUCCACCUGCAUUCUGGACAUGGGACUGGGAUGAUGCACGUUUGAAAUACUCAAAUGUUAUUACUAAUGUCACACACUACUUGGUUCACAAUGUUUGUUUGUCUUUGUGAACACAUGUAAUGUAACCUUGGAUACCUUUGUUUAAAUAAGUGACAUAAUCUUGAAUACGUGAAUAAAAACUUACUACUAUGUGAAGCUUUGUGUGAGAUCCAUCUUUUGGGAUAUUAUAAUUUGUUGUUUAUUGUUUUUGA